CAACCUCCCCCUAUAAAUACUCUGCCGAAACCACCUUACCCCCAUUCACCCACCUGCCUUUUUCCCUCAACUUUCCUACCCACUUCCCUGUUAACUCCUUAAUUCUCUUCUCUCUCUCUCUCUGUUUUUCUCUUCUCUUCUUCUAUUCUUGGCGGCCGACGAGAACCCCCUCGGAUCCGUGCGGCCGCAAGGCGGUCAAAUUAGGGCUUGGAGGAAGGGGGCGUCUGGACCCGUCGGCGAGGGGAAGGGUGGAGGGCGUCGGAGUCUAGGGUUCCGUUUUCCCAUGAUCUUGUGCGCGCUGAUGGAGGACGCGAUAGAGAACCCGACGGGCGCCUUCUUCUUCGAUUCCGAUGUCGUGGACGGCAGCUACCCCGAUCAUCUUUCCUGUACUAUUGGCGAGCUGUUCGAUAUGCUCGACGAGCACCCUGGCCCAUGGCACGGCUUCGAAGAGGACCGCGGUACAUCGAAGGGUCCUUCCUCGGAUACUCUAAAAGGUUUGGAUCAAGGCAAACUGCCUCCUGACCUGCCCUAUCCUGAUAAGGCCUUUCAGACUCAAGCAGAAUCCACAGCAGCACUGGAAGAUUUCAGUAGAGAACUGGGAUCAGCUCAGCGGGAUAAAUCCGUGUGUUUGGAGGCACCUGAUCGUAAGCAAGAAACUGGCUCUGAGCUACUUUUUAAGCCUGAAGGAAGCUUUAACAACUUAAUUUCUAGCUGUCAUCCACUGUCUGUGAAUGAUGAGAUAAGUCAUGCCAUACAGCAUGCUGACUCUGCCUCAGAGAACUACUGUUAUUUUACUUCAAAUCAUUCGCCUAACUGGUUAAGUCUUUCAACUACAGAAUGUAACACUAGUUUGAUGGAUUUAGAUGAGAACUCCUUUGCUAGCUUGAUGACAGGCAAUUUUGACCACCAACAGUUGCAGAACAAUGUAUCAAACUGUAAUGCCCUUUCUGGUAAUGCUGAAGGAGAGGGACUACUUUAUUCACCAUUUGCAGACUUUGGCAAUGGUUUCUACACAAAUGAUGACCAAGAGAAGGAUGUUACACAAAUGAGAGGUAAAAUUUUGUUCCAAACAGGGGCCAAAGAGUCUGAAUCUGAUGCAGAUAACGUGAAUUCUCUUUAUAUGCUGCAAAAUGGAGGAACAGAUUCAUCACAUGCAAUGUUGAUGGAAAAGCCUAGUUUAAGUGAUGGAGUGCAUGGUAACAUAAAUACAGUUGCUGUGCCAGAUUCUUCGGUGCUGGAAGGUAGUCUCUGUCCAUCACUCUCAAUGUAUUCAUCUAUGGGUUCUGAUGCAACUCUGCUGGAUGCAUUACUUGUCAAGUCGCACACUAGUGACACAACUGGUAUCACAGGCACUGGUAGAGGGAGCUGUUCAACAUUAUAUCAAGAGCAAGCUACAGGGGAUGCUAAAUAUGACUUAAGUCAGUUCUUUCCGGGUCAGAUUUCUCAGUUAUUUCCAUCACAUGAAAAGGAAACAAUGGGGCACAUAAAGGAUAAAAGAGAAGAUCAACUGCUUUCAUCUCAGAAUUCAUGCAGAACUAGUGAGCUGAAGUUGGAACCCUCUGUCAUAGAAUUAGAUGCAUCAUUGCAAGACACAAUAUUUGCCGAGGGCAAUCAUUUUGAGGAUGUGAGUUUCAGGAGUGAAUCUAGCACAGAUUCUUCUCCAUUACCCUCUGGCAGAAACUCAAUCUUUGAUGUUGGUAGAUCUGCUGUUGAUACAUCAAAACAGUUGGUGCUUGAUUCUGAGAUAAAUUUACACAGUAAAAAGCAAACAGCUUUCCCAGAGAAUGGAAGAGAAGAUCAGAUGCUAGCAUCUUAUAACAAACAGCAGGAUAUUCCCCAAGAAAGUUGUAAUGCUAUCCAAAAGAAUCACUCGAGAAGCAGCAUAAGUGUGGAUGAUGAUGCUGAAAUAUGUAUUCUUGAUGAUAUCAGUGAUCCUGCAUAUCCCCCUCCUCCACCAGUGCACAUAAAGCCUCAUCCAUUUUCACAGCGAUCUGGAUUUUCUGAUCCUCAACUCCCUUGGUUUAGAGGGAUGAGUCUUAAGGCAGAUGAUGAGAGAUUAACUUUCCGAAUUGCAUUGCAGGAUUUUUCUCAGCCAAAAUCUGAAGCUAGCCCACCUGAAGGAGUUUUAGCUGUUCCUCUUUUAAGGCAUCAGCGUAUAGCUUUGUCCUGGAUGGUGCAAAAGGAGACUGCUAGUCUGCACUGCUCUGGGGGAAUUCUUGCAGAUGACCAGGGAUUGGGCAAAACGAUAUCCACUAUAGCACUUAUCCUGAUGGAAAGAUUUCCAUUAUCUAGAUCUUGUUCCACAACAUAUAAACAAAAUGAAUUUGAAGCUUUGAAUCUGGAUGAUGAUACUGAUGAUGAUGAUGAUGUCUCUGAGCAUAAUUUUAUCAAGCAGCCUCGCAAUUCAAGUUAUGUGGUGAUUAGUAAACCAGUGAAAAUAGAGAACUCUAUGAUGGUGGUGAAGAGCAGGCCAUCAGCUGGAACUUUGGUUGUUUGCCCUACAAGUGUUCUUCGACAAUGGGCUGAAGAACUGCAAAACAAAGUCACCAGCAAAGCCAAUUUAUCAUUUCUUGUAUAUCAUGGAAGUAAUCGUACCAAAGAUCCAAAUGAGCUCACCAAAUAUGACGUUGUUCUCACAACAUAUGCUAUUGUAAGCAUGGAGGUCCCAAAGCAGCCACUUGUUGAAAAAGAUGAGGAGGAAAACGGGAAGCCUGAUGCAUCAGGUGUGCCUAUAGGACCUAUAACCAUUAAAAAGAGGAAAAGUUCUAGUUCCAAUGCGAAAAAUAUGAAGGAUGGUAUCACAAUGGAUGGUUCGUUGCUCGAGUCUGCUGCUAAACCUCUUGCAAGAGUUGGGUGGUUCAGAGUUAUACUGGAUGAAGCUCAAAGCAUCAAGAACCAUAGAACUCAAGUUGCCAGGGCAUGUUGGGGUCUGCGAGCCAAAAGGAGGUGGUGCUUGUCUGGGACCCCCAUCCAGAAUGCAGUUGAUGAUCUUUAUAGUUAUUUCAGAUUUCUCAGAUAUGAUCCAUAUGCUGUAUACAAGUCAUUCUGCUCCACAAUAAAGAUGCCAAUUAGUAAAAAUCCAGCUAAUGGGUACAGAAAGCUCCAAGCUGUUCUGAAGACAAUAAUGCUGCGCCGCACUAAAGGCACACUUAUUGAUGGAAAACCAAUUAUUACCUUGCCUCCAAAGACGGUCACUUUAAAGAAGGUGGAUUUCUCAAAGGAUGAACGGGCCUUUUAUUCUGCUUUAGAAGCUGAAUCUCAAGAACAAUUCAAGGUUUAUGCUGCAGCUGGGACUGUCAAGCAAAAUUAUGUGAAUAUUUUAUUUAUGCUCUUGAGGCUUCGGCAGGCUUGUGAUCAUCCUCUUUUGGUAAAAGGAUAUGAUUCUGACUCAGUCUGGAGGUCUUCUAUGGAGAUGGCAAAAAAACUUCCCAGAGAGGAAGUGGAAAAUCUCUCGAAAUGUUUAGAAACUUGUUUGACAAUCUGUACAAUCUGCAAUGAUCUACCCGAAGAUGCUGUUGUUACCAUCUGUGGGCAUGUUUUCUGCAAGCAGUGCAUCUGUGAGCAUCUUACAGGGGAUGAUAAUAUCUGUCCCUCGGCCCACUGCAAUGUCCGACUUAAUGUCGCUUCAGUAUUUUCAAAAGGGACAUUAAGAAGCUCUCUAUGUGAUCAACAUGGCGAUGCAUGUUGCUCCAGUGAUUCUGGUCCUGAAUUGGUUGACACAACUAAGUUGUGUGGGAAUCAUUCACCUUCUGGUUCUUCUAAAAUAAAAGCUGCUCUUGAGAUUUUACAGUCACUGCCUAAAUCUGAGUAUUUCUCGUCAAAUAGUAAUUUCAACAAUUCCAAUCAUGUAGCCAUUGGCUCUGUACAAAAUACAGAUAAUACUGUUCCAAUGAGUCCUAUUGGUAUAAAUGAUGAUAGAAAACAUUCUGCCUCAAUCGAAGGUUCACUUGGUCAAGUAACGGAAAAGGCCAUUGUUUUCUCUCAGUGGACUACGAUGCUGGAUUUGUUGGAAAUUCCACUAAAAGAUUCCUGUAUACAGUACAGAAGACUUGAUGGGACAAUGUCUGUUGCUGCUAGGGAGAAAGCUGUGAAAGAUUUUAACAGUAUUCCAGAGGUAACUGUGAUGAUCAUGUCUUUGAAAGCGGCGAGUCUUGGACUGAAUAUGGUGGCAGCUUGCCAUGUACUGCUCCUAGAUCUAUGGUGGAAUCCUACAACUGAAGACCAGGCAAUUGAUAGAGCGCAUCGAAUUGGCCAGACACGUCCUGUCACCGUGUCUCGUUUAACAGUGAAUGACACCGUCGAGGAUCGCAUCUUAGCUCUCCAGGAGAAAAAGAGGGAAAUGGUGGCUUCUGCAUUUGGAGAAGAUGAAUCGGGUUCCCGCCAGACUCGUCUGACAGUAGAAGAUUUGAAUUAUCUGUUCAAUGUGUAGCCCUUCAUUCUUUUCUAGACGGUUUUGCUUGUUGCUGACUUAUUGGGCCUUAACAGUCAACCCGUUUAGCCCUUGGAAUCUAUGUUUGGUACCAAGGUGGGAGCUUAGAAGGUGCUUAGCUAAUCAUGGAGGUGUUUCGGCCUUAAAUCUAUUUGUUGUAUUUCUAUCCAGAAGGUUUUCCGGAAGGCCAUUUGAUUUUGAGUUUCUCAUUGGAUUUGAGGCGCUGUUCAUUGGCUGAUACUGGGAAUUCAUCAAAGAGGAAGGGUAUUCAUCGGCAGCAUCUGUGAAUAGCCGUUGUAGACUAUGCACAGUUUUCCUUUUUCUUUUACUGGGUGGACGAAUACUAUCUUGUCAGCAUUUGCAAUUUUCAGUAGGUUUACAGGAAAGGAUAGAAGAAAGGAUGUCAAAUUCAAUUGAACUGGUACUUUGUUGUUAUUUGUAAAUCUUUGAAUGCUUUUUGUCAUGUAAGAAUCUAUGAGAUUUUAUAAUAAAGAUUUUAUUAUUUCUUUCA